AUGAGUGACCAGGAAUCAUUUGGAGACUUAAGUUUCCCUACAUCCCCAAACAAGUCUGGGGCCACAGCAGAUUCAGAGGCCUCAGCUAAGCAACAGCUUCAGAAAGUUUACAAGAUUUUAUCUACAAGCUUCUCACGCGAAGUACAGUCUGUUUCAGACGUUCAAGCCGUCAUCAAAGCAUUCGUCACCAAAUACCUCAAGACUAAAGACCAGUUAAAGGAGGCAACGGAAAUGAAUGACGAACUUACUUCACGUCUUCAGCAGAGCUUUGAUCAAACUCAGCUUGAUGAAGCCAACCAAGAGCAGCUCAUGCAAACAGGUGAAGAACUCAACAAGAAACUUCGCCAAUACAAGAAGAGAGUUUUAGCCCUUGAAGACCAAUUACGCGAACAACAAACAGCUAACGAGGAAGCCCAGACCCAAAUCCGCGAGCUCAAACAAGCCCAAGACGAUCUCAAGCGCGAGAAAACCAAAUUAACCGAAGAUCUUACAAAAGCUCAACUUGCAGCCAUCCAGAACCAGCCAGUUGUUCAGGAGACCGACCCAGUUGAGAAGACAGCCAAGCUCUUCGAAGAACUCGUCGCUGCUCAGGCAUCAGAAAUCGAAGAUCUCGUUCACCAGAGAGACAUCCUCAUUGAGAACAUCAGAUCGCUCGAUGGUGCCGUUCUCGAUGCCGAGAAGAUGCUCACAGAGUAUGCGAACGAAAAGGCUGAAAGCGAGAAGAUGAAGUCCGAAUUAAUCAAGAAGAACGAAGCACUUACAGACAAAUUACCAACCCUCGCACAGGAAGUCGAGCAGCGCAUCCCAUGCGACUUACGUUCAUCUCUUCCUCAGAAUGGCUCUGAUUCCGAAAAAUUCAUUUUGGCAACAAUCGAAGCACUCGUACAGACAAGAGCUGUUCCUCAGCAGCCAGUCGUCGAAGAGAAGGAGGAGACAGUCGCUAAAAACAAGUACAUCGCCUUACUUACCAGAUUGGAAGACGCCGUCCGCUUCAUCCAGUCAAUUGCAAAGGCUGGCGACAAAGCAGGUGACAUCUGUCCACUCGGCAUCGACUCAGAAGUCAGGACACAGCUUCUUACACAGGCGGCGAGAAUGGGCCACUUCGUCGACGAGAACCUUCUUGCUGUCGGCAUAGAGAACCUUCCAAACCACAUGUCCAUCUUCGAGCCAGGCUCAUUCGAGUCAACUGAGGCACAACUCAAAGAAUUCUACAACUUCGUUACAGAGGAGCAGCUGAAGGAGUCUCCAGUGCGCGAACUCUUCGCCCUCUUCGCCUCUGUCUGCGAGGUAAACAAGAUGGUCAUGAACUUCGCAGAGAACCAGAGAAACAAAUCACACCAAACAGACAGAAAUGUUGUAAACUCAGAAGCACUCAGAAACUUACAGCGCGAUAACUUCGACUUGGCUCAGUGGAAGGCAGUCAACCAGGAGAAGAUAGAGGCUGCAACAGCUGUCUUGGCCAAACUCACUGAAGACGACGGAGAAACAGCAAUGGACGUGAUGGCAAACAAACUCGCUCAGAAGUACGAAGACGCAGCGAAGGAAAACAAGGAACUGAAGGAGACAAUCGAAAAACUCGAAAACGAGAAGAAGGAAAUGGAAGAAUCCAACCAAGUUUCAAUGCAGGAAGCAACAGAACAGAUCCAGACACGCGAUAUCUCUCUCCAAGAGGCAGAGAAGUCCAGAUUGGAAGAGACACAGCAGUUGAAUGAGAAAGUCUCUCAGCUCUCUCAGCAGAACCAGUCUCUGGCACAGAGAUUCAAGGCAACGACAGAGGGACUCGAAGCAGCUCUCAGAGAGAAGACGGCCAAGCUGAAGAAGGCACUCCUCGCACAGACAGAGACAAAGAAGAUGCUCGACCAGAUCCAGGAGAGGACAAACGCAAUUGUCUCUGAAAACGAGACAUUGCACCAGCAGAACGCAGAGAUGGAGGAAACACUCACUAUUCAGAAGGAACAACUCGAUGCUUUGGCUGAAAACGAGAAGAAGUUGAGAGAUUCCAGAGAGGCACUAAAGAAGAGAAUCGCAAAUUACGAACAACAGAACUCUACAACUCUCCAGGACUUAAAGACAAGAAACGACGCCGUCCAACAGAAGUAUCAGGACACAAUCACAAACUUAGAGAAAGAAAUACAAGAUCUCAAGGCAGCGACAGAGCAGCUCAAGGAAGAGAACGAGUCAGGAAAGAAGGAGCGCCAGGAACUCCAGCAGACAAUCACAAACCUCAGAGUAUCAGAAAGAUCACUCAACCUCAAACUCAAGACAUUGCAAGAGCGCCAGGCACUGGAGAAAUCAGCUGCUGAAGCCAGAAACAACACGUACAUGAUCUCCCUCAAGGCACAGGCAGGAAGACAGAUCGACGAGGCCAAGGCACAGUUGGAGCAGACGAGACAGGCGAUCACAAAGAUUCUGCAGAACCAGUUCGGAGAGCAGUUAGAAGAAGACGCUUCAUUCAACGACUUGUUCAACAGACUGGACAGAAGACUGCAGAUGUACACAUCAGACAAGAGAAUUCUCGCAGACGCAAUCAAACUCCGCGGCGACCUCAAACUGGCAGCGAAUGUCACUCUUUCAGAGGCAUGGGCCAGCGAGGUUCAGUCGAAGAACAACGCAGAGACAGCUGUUGCGAGAAUCACAAAGGAAAGAAGAAUAAUCGAGAACGAACUCACAAAUCUGAAGAGAUCCACAGAGAAGAUGUCACAGGACGCGAAACAAGCAGCAGAGUGGGAGAACUGGGGCAGAUCUCUCUUCAAACAGGUCAAUGAGUCAUCUGCAGAGAUCCCUGUUCAAGAACUCAGAUUCAAACUCUCUGAAGAUGUUCUUGCAGCAAUCAAGGACAGAUCAACACUGAAGAGACUGGACACAUUGAGACAGCAGAAGAAGGUUCUCAAGAAUCCUGCUCUUCAGGAACCAAUCAAGACAAACCAGGAAUUGUCUAUCAGAUCUAUAAUGUGCAUCUUGAUCUUCGCACAGAGAAUUAACGGCGGACCAGGAAACCUUACUCCAAUCUCGAUUUCACCAAGAAAAGAUUAA